AUUCCUUUGGGCGUGACAACCUUAAAAAACUGGUAAAAUAUUGGAUUGAGUACAUAUUGAUGGAUUUAUAGACUGUCUUGGAUUAUUUGUUCUUGUAAAGGAAGCUGCAAAUAUUUCUACUGGUGUCUAGUGCAAGUAUAAACCAUGGGAAGAUUUGUAUAUUACUGUCUGGCAGUUUGUAUACUGAGUAAAUCACUAGUGGCAUUUAAACAGAAUACAGAGUGUGGCUCCAGUGUAGGAUGCUAUAGUGAUUGUUCAGGGGAUUGUACAUUUGAAGUCACAUGGAGAGAGGUGGGAACAAAGAUGGAGAUCAGUAUGAAGGCUUCAUUGGCUUCAUUAUCUAGUGGUGGUGACUGGAUAUCUGUGGGUCUGUCCAGUGAUGAGAAAAUGGGAUCAGACUCUGUUUUUGAUUGCAUAACAGAUGGUACUCAGGUCCUAGUAGAAAGGUCCACAAACCCAGCCAGAUUCAAUCUUCAAAUAUCUCCAAGAGAUUCCUGGAUUACAAUAAAAACAAACAGUUACUCGUCAGGGAUUUUGAUGUGUUCAUUUGAAGCUGAGAAGAGUAACGCAGCAGGAAUUGAUUUUGAUACAGACUGGUAUAUGUUCUUUGGAACAGGAGAAUGGAAUCAAGCUAGUAAAAAAAAGCAUAGCAUCACACCCAAGAUAUCUUCAGAGAAAGUUGAUCUUCAAAAGUAUGAUGUCAUAGGUGGAUCACCACAGAAUAUUAUGUUGAAACUUCAUGGUAUCAUGAUGAUAAGUGCCUGGAUAUUAUGUGCCAGUAUUGGAGUUGUUGUAGCAAGAUAUUAUAAACCGGUCUGGUUAGAGAAAAAGUUUCUUGGGGAAAAAGUUUGGUUCACGCUACACAGGGGUGUUAUGGUUCUAGCUGUAUUAUUCUGUAUUGCUGGAUUUACCAUCAUUUUUGUGGACAGAGGAACAUUCCAGGAGAUCGAGUCUGAUUCAGAUUUCAAGAAAGCACAUCCUUUCAUUGGUAUUAUAGUCAUGUGUUUGGCAAUCAUUCAGCCUGUGAUGGCUGUGUUUAGACCACACCCAGGAGAUAACAACAGAAUUAUAUUUAAUUGGGCUCAUUGGGGAGUAGGCAUUGUCUCACAUUUCCUAGGAGUACUGAACAUUUUAAUUGGAGUAUUAUUAGAUGCAAUGCAGAUGCCAAUUUGGGUGGUAUAUGUUGUGGUAGCUUAUGCUGUUUACCAAUUUCUCAUAGAAUUUGUCCUGGAAAUUUAUGACUGUGUGUCAAGAAGAAAAAGUGCAUCUGAAGCAUACGAGAUGAGAGAAAGGGACAGUCUGUCGAAACAAGAUACGAAGCAAGAUUCUGAGUACAAUGUGAAGAAGACUAUCCUUGGAAUCCACAUUACUGUGAUCUGUCUUUUCGCCAUAGCCCUCAUUAUAUUGGUUUCUAUGGAUCUCUCUAUUUAUAUUUAAUGAUCAAUAUAAACAGAAGAAGAACAUGUAGAUUAUAGAUAAAAAUUUAUCCUUAGGAUUUUUUACCUUGGUUUCAACUCACUACAUCUUGAAUUGCAAUUAUACAUAUAACUUUUUUCUUUUAGAAAUGUUAUCAUCUACUCAUACUUAAACAUAUAUUUUUAUAGUCUUUGAAUGAACUUCUACUGAGAAAAUAGCUAAAACAAACUUGUGGUAAAUAUUUAUACUUUUACAAUUGUUUACUUUAGAGUUUUUUUAUCCAUUAUAAAGAGUGUGUGUUCUGACAUUGUUUUGAACUGGUAUAAAUCAAAGAAUUUGCGAUUGACUUGGAUUAGUUCCCUUGAUAAACUGAACAUUUUUUUGUCAAAACUUUAUUGCAUUUCGAAAAUGUAAAACUUGAGUUUAAGAAAAACAUUUUUAGAGAUAAAUCAUCUAAAAUAUAUAAUAUGAUUCAUAUUGUACAAAAUUUAAGAUUUUAUAAUUCAAUAGUUGAUUUUUCAAAUAGAUACAUCGUCCACUUUUAAGCUCUAAAUUUCUGAAUGAUAUUAUAUACAAUAGACUCCAUUCCAAUUAUCAUCUAUACUCAUCAAACUCCCUUAGGACAUGAAGCCAACAAUUCAAAGGUUGUAUAUCCAUUCAAGGUUGUUAAAAAUUCCUGUUGUACCAGUUAUCAUCAUCUGAUAUUAUACAGUGAUUGAUUAAAUCUUGUAGAAUCAAGCACUGUACAAGAAUGUAUAAAAUACCUCUGAUAAACAUUUGUUUUAUAUCUACACUUUUGAAGAGCUUGCAUGUAGUUUUUAUUAUAUUUUUAAUAUGUUUUUUAAAUAUUUUUCUUAAUAGAGUCAACUUUGGAAAUACAUAAAAGUGUACACCCUGUAGCAAAACUUUACAAAUUUUACAAAAUACUACUGGUUUUAGAUUAUAUGACCUUAUAUAAAAUGAAGGAUUGGUUUCAGUUUAGUGUAACAGAUAAUCUAUGUACUAUUUUCAGCACGGUAGAACUAGAGAAAGACACAGUAUAACUUGUGGUUGAAAUAUUUUGAAUAAUUAUGUUACCUUACUUAAAAAGACUAUAUAUAAAAACUUAAGAAGAUAUUUUUUGUUUAAGAUUUUAUUUUUAUAAAAUCUUAUUCUUGGUGAAUGAGAAUUUAGAUAUGUGUAUGCCAUAGGUGCUGGUCACUAGUGUUAUGUUAUAUAUAUGGGUUUUUUCAUGUUAUUUACUUUUUCACCAUACUGAUAAAAAUUAUACAAAGGUUAGCAGCAAUAUAUAUUUUAUGUUAUUCAUGGAAAAUAUCCUUUUGAAUCCCCUCGGAAUAAGCCUGUUUGUAAAUGGAGGUGUUGAUUAAUUUUUUACAUGAGUAACAACUUUUUUAACAUAAUUAUACUAAGUGUAACUGUUACCCUUGUACGUCUGUAAGUACGUACUUCCCAAAAUUGGCUUCUGGUCUUAUCAAUUUUAUAGCCUUUGGUUUGACAUGACUUAGGUUUGAAAACAUUUAUACCUCUCUCACUUAAGAUCCAGACCACCAAGACAGUUACUACUAUACAAGUAACAAAUUGUUUUAUAUAUAAUGAAAUCCUUUUGUUCAACCAGCUUACCAUAGUUAUUGCUCUUUUUAUAAUGAAAUCCUUUUGUUCAACCAACUUACCAAAGUUAUUGCUCUUUUUUUAAUGAAAUCCUUUUGUUCAACCAACUUACCAGAGUUAUUGCUCUUUUUUUACUUUAUCAUAUAUAUGAAUGAAAUCUGAUGUUUGAAGCCACUAAGUGGCUUUGAACCUGAAAACUGUAAAUUUCUUCUGAACGUUUUCAUGUUGUAUGCAUAAGAUGAUGAAUUUACGUUUAUUUUGUAACAGCAAUUUAUGUGGAAGGUGGUAUCCCAGAUAACCACUAAAAGCAGUCUUUUUUUUGUGUAGACUUUUUAAAUUAUAAUAAUUGAAUAAGAAAUUAAAGUGUUCUGUGAACAUUGGUUGGAUAGAUUUUGGUGGAUACUAUUAGUAGAUGAAGCAAUGUUUAAAUUAGGUACUGGUGAUAAAUUUUGUUAAGUAUGGUAGUUGACCAUUAUUGUGAAAAUAUGUUUUCUAAACUUUUGAUAGAGUUUCAAUAUACAGAUGUUUUAUAUAAAGGUUUUAUCGAUUUAUAUAUUGUAUUUUGGGAAAUAAACUUUUUUGACAAGCACAA